AUGCAGUCCGGCGGCCCAUCACCCUUGCCUUCAUUCCCGGCAUCCCGGGAUGGCACUCCCAGUGGCAAUGACACAACCACCAACGGUGUCACAAAUGGUCACACCGACGUCACGGCCAACAGCACAACCAAUGAGACCACCAACGGCACCACCAACGGCACCACCAACGGCACCACCAACGGCACCACCAACGGCACCACCAACGGCACCACCAACGGCACCACCAACGGCACCACCAACGGCACCAAGACCAAUGGCACCAAUGGCCUCACGAACGGCGCACAGAAGAGGACCAAGAUCUGUGUCUACUGCGGCGCCUCUCCUGGUUUCAAGCCCCAGCACAUGGAAGCCGCUCGCGGGUUGGCCCGGGUCAUGGCAGAGAACAAUAUUGACCUCGUUUAUGGCGGUGGCACUGUCGGCCUGAUGGGCGAGGUGGCAAAGUCCCUUGUCGCCCUCGCCGGUCCGGACUCGGUCCACGGCAUCAUCCCCGAGGCCCUCGUCAAGUACGAGCGCGACGGCACCUACGGCACCGUCAACAAGGACAACAUGUACGUUCCUGACGAGACUGUCUACGGCCGCACCACGGUCGUAAAGGACAUGCACACGCGCAAGCAGAUGAUGGCCAAGGAGGUAUUUGCUGGUGGGCCCGGCAGCGGCUUCAUCGCCCUGCCCGGCGGCUACGGCACCAUCGAGGAGGUCCUCGAGACGGCCACCUGGAACCAGCUCGGCAUCCACGACAAGGGCAUCUGCCUCCUGAACAUCAAUGGUUUCUACGACGGCAUUCUCGAGUGGGUCGGCAAGAGCGUCGACGAGGGCUUUAUCAAGGCCGCCAACGCCGACAUCCUCGUCACCGCCACCACCCCCGAGGGCGCCAUCAACGCCCUCCGCGACUACAAGGUCUCCGAGGCCACCUUCAAGCUCGACUGGAACAACUCGUAA